AACUGGGGGUUAACAAGAAAUUUGUCCAAGACUAUUUGUUAGAUAACAAGGAUAUUGAAGAAGUCAGUAAGUUAGGGUCUCUUAGAUCUAGGAAGCAAGAAGAAUAUAUCUGGUGGCAAGAGACAAGAUAGUAGCCAGUUUAUAGCAAAUGAGAUGAACUCUGAUCUCAUCUCAAGGAUUAAGAGUGGAGGUCAUCACUUACUCUUGAAUAACAAAUUUGACUUAAUUUCUGAUACCCUAACUUACCAAGACAAGCUGAAUUAUUUAAUCGGAUGUUAUAACAAUGCAAUAUUUAUGGAGAAAUCCAUGAAUUUUGAGGACAAGCAAUAAAGACCGAUAAAGAGCAUAACAUCAUCCUAAGAAGAAGCACAAAUAUCCAAAAUAUUAUGAAAGUCUGGAACAGGUCUCAUUCAACUAUGCCUAAAGGAUACUUAAAAAAUAUGAAAAAUGAAGAAGACAAGAAAACUAAGCCACAACCAUGCAAAAGGAAGAAAUUUUACAGUCUAGAAGCUGUAAAAUAAAUGGAAAAAGAUAGCAAAUUUGAUCACUGACAAUAAUGACGAGAAUUUCCAGAACUUAAUCCGAACCUGAGUCAAGAUGAAAGAGGCCAACCCAAGUUUGAAAUAAAGACCGGCGGAAGACUAGCAGCAAGCGUAGGAAACGUGCAAAGGUACUUAAUCAGAAUGAAAUGGCGAAGAUUGAUAACUUGCUCAAAGGCAAGAAGUCCUUGGUUGUACUAGAUUCUAGCAAGCAUCAAUCUUCUAAGAACAGCUUACGCAUGAACACUUUGACGUUCCUAAACCAGCAGAAAAUUUUUGAAAAGGAAAUGGACACCCCUGCAAGCAAAGAAGGCUCAAAAGGCUCUGAUAGUUGCCUUGAGAAAGAACUCGUGUCCGAAGGAUCCUCCAAGAAUUAUAUCAUUAAGCUCAACCAGAGUACUGAUCUAAAAGGAGAAGUAAUCAAGAUGAAGCAUAAAUAAGCCAAGAAAGCGAUCUAAAAAUGAGCCGAAGCCUCUUAAAUUUAGCAAAUUACAUACAUAUUCUCCAGUGAAAGGAAGGAAGCCAUUAGAGAUAGAUUCUCUUGGUACAACUCCAGAUAAAGAUGAUAACCUCAACGACUACGGCCAAGACCUGUCCCUACCUCCAUCCCUCACCCACGACCAAAUCUCCAACCCCCCAAACAACCCUCUAUCUCACUCCAAACAACUUCACACCCACGCUACUUUCCUCUCUACAUCCGGAUCCUAUCUUCGCUGAAGCCCUGGCUGGGCUGGAAGAGUAAAAUUGAAGGAACUGCAAAAGGAACAGAAGGGAAUUGAGACAAGUGAGGUAGAGGGAAUUUUUAAGACGAGCGAUGACCAUAUCUCAAAGAGAAAUGUGAUGAUUAAGAAGUUACUGAAUAAAGAAAUACCAAGAUGUAAGAAGAGGAGAUACUCGAAGAUACAUCCAAAGAAACUUUUAAUUUCACCUUCUACAAGCUCUUGCCUGGAAACUAUUAAGGACCGAAGAGAAUAUUUAGUUAAAAAUAUACACAGAUUCAUGUCGAACAAGGAAGUUUGCUUCUACUGUAAAGAAAUCAGUUGAUUAUGUGAAAAAAGACAAAAAAUUACAAAGCCCAUCCCCCUCCGCAACACCUCAAAAACCCUCUCUUCCAUCUACUCCCCAAUCCCCUAACCUAAAAUCCCUAAAAAAUCCAAAUUCCUUCAAU